GUCCAGGGGGCCCGGGGGUGGCGGGGGGACCCGGGCCGGUGCCAGGAGGGGUCCCGAAGGGGAUCCCGGGGCAUUCCCGGCAAUUCCCCCGUGCCCGCCCCCCGCGCUCCCCCGGCCACUUUCGCUUUCGCGGCUCCCGAACUGCGCCCAGCGGGGCCAGCGGAGCAGCGCGAUGGCUCCAGCGCUGGGGCUGGGGGUGCUCCUGGCGCUCCUGGGGGUCUCGGGGGGGCAGCCCGAGGUUCUCCACUCCCUGCGUUACCUGGCUGUGGCGGUGACAGAGCCCAUCCCGGGGAUCCCUCAAUACGUGGAGAUUGGAUACUUGGACGGGAUCCCCUUUGUGCGCUACGACAGCAAGUGGGGCCGGGCGGAGCCGUUGACGCCGUGGAUGGCGGCCGGAGUCGAGCCGGGAUAUUGGGAUGAACAGACCCAGAUCAGCGAGAGGAUCCGGCUCGUGGCUGCCACCGACCUGGAGACAGUGGGGGGCCGGUACAACUGGAGUGGGGGUCUCCACACAUGGCAGCGGGUUUGUGGCUGUGACCUCCUGUCCGACAGGAGUGUCCACAGAACCACUCGGCACGGCAUCGAUGGGCAGGAUUUCAUCUCCUUCUCCCCGGAGACCGGGACCUUCGUGGCGGCCGAUGGAGCUGCCCGGAUCAUCCAGAGGCGCUGGAAAUCCGAAGGGUACGAGGCUCUUCAGCCCGACCUGGAACAGAGAUGUGGGGAAGAGCUCCGGAUAUACGUCGGAUACGGGCGGGAGGCGCUGGAGCGCAAAGAUCCCCCCCGAUGUCCACGUGUCCGGGAAAGAGGAACACGGGAU